AUGAAAAUAUCAAAAAUUAUUUGUUCAAUAGUUAUUGGUAUUUUAUAUGGAGCAACAAUAAAUGCACAAACAAAUUUUGACAAUUCAAAUGCAGCUUUAGUGUAUGAUAGUUUUGUUAGAAAUGCUGGUUAUCCAGCAGGUGUGCAACAAAAUUCGGCAAUAACUCCACAAUUUGCGUCAGCAGUAGAUUCAAAUACCUUAAUUAAUUCAAAUUUACCAGCAAAUACAUAUAGAGUUGGAGUUAAUCAAUAUUCAUCAUUAACACCAACACAAUUUGAAAAUGGACAUAUUUCAGGAACACAAGCAGGUUUACAACCAAUAAAUGGAACAGAUACAUAUGAAUAUAGAGGAGAUGGUGGUAUCGCCGGAGGUACACUAGCAGGUAUUAUUGUAGGUUCUGUAUUGGGUGGUUUGUUAGUUUUAGCAGGUCUUAUCUCUGCAUUCAUGUCAUGGAGAAGACAUAUGGAGUUAAAGAAAUCUACACUCUAUGCUGAUUAUAGAAACAACUAUAAAGUUGAACCAGUUCCAGAUGUUAAAGACCACGUUCCAGGCGAAUACUACCGUGAAUCACAUCGUAUAACUCUUAAUGAUGGUUACAACCACGAAGCCGUUAACUCUGCAAGAUACAGAGAAAAUCAUAAUUUAAGUUAUGUCAACAGAGAAAACCAAGAACUUAACAUUCCACGUAAUGCUGGUGAUACUGUUCGUACAACAACUCGUGUAACUUCACCACAUACCACAACUACUGCAAACAUUAGAGAUAAUCUAAACCACUAA